UAAAACCCCCUUUGUGUAGGGUCUGUUGAAGACGAAGCGAGUCAUGGAGGAGAUCGCUCCAACGGCACCAUGUUGAGGCUCCAUCUCAACGAGAUCUGCCUUCUUUGCCUACUCAAGCAAGUCACCAACCACUCAGAAGAACAACAAGAAGUCUCUGUUCGUGCAUGAGCAACAUUUAUGGACAAUUCAAUUAAUCAUUCUGUCUUCACAUCCUCAACAUUAGCCGAUGUCAUGACAAUGAAUACAAAGCACUAAAAAUAUCAACGUUGAUAAGCAAUUGGCAAUAUUUUUGCAUGGGAUAGGCCAUGGGGUGACUAAUAGAAUUUUAGCAGAAACAUUUCAACAUUCGGGAGAGACUAUCAGCAGACAUUUUAAUAAUGUGCUUCGGGCAGUCAUGCACCUAAAAGAUGAGUACUUGUGUACUCCAUCAAAUAAUGUUGGAGUACACCCUCGAAUUAGAGACAGCUCAAAUUUUCACCCAUUUAAGAAUGCUAUUGGUUCAGUAGAUAGGACACACUUACCCGUGGUUGUUAGAACAAGUAAACAGCCACGAUAUCGCAACCGAAAAGGGUUCACGUCUCAGAAUAUGAUGGCUGCUUGUAGUUUUGACCAUCAAUUCUUGUUUGUAUGUACUGGAUGGGAAGGAUCUGCUGCGGACAUGAGGAUUUUGAGAUGGUGUCUUGAAAGUGGGGGCUUUACGGUUCCUGAUGGUAAAUUCUAUUUAGUUGACUCUGGAUAUGCAAAUACCGACAAAUUUCUAGCACCAUACAGAGGAGAGCGUUAUCACUUGAGCCAAUUUGAUAGUACUUCAAAUGCUCGCAGACAUCGAAGUCCUCGAGAUCUUUAUAAUCAUCGACAUGCACAAUUAAGAAAUGCUGUUGAGAAGGCGUUUGGUAUUUUAAAAAAAAGAUUCAAGGUCCUUCGGCAAGCUACUCCAUACCCUUAUAAAGUGCAGUGCCGCAUCGCAAUGGCAUGUUGUAUAAUACAUAAUUUUAUUAGGAGACAUCAAGGAAACGAUAAAUAUUUCAAUAUGCAAAUGGAUGAAUUUUCAGUUGAUGAUGAUGGAAUUGAUGAUGGAAUUGAUCUGACGCAUGUAGUCGGCCCUGAUGAAUCGCGACGAGGUGAUACCCUUCGAUCAGCAAUUACCGAGCAAUUAUGGAACAAUCGAUAGAUAUCGGUUUACUUACUGUAAAAAUUUAUUAGUUGUGAUGUAAUUUCGCAUAGUACCUAUGUAAUGUAUUAGUUGUGAUGUAAUAUCAUAUACUAAAAUGAUGGCUGUCAAGAGAAUUGUGUGUUGCUGUUUUUGUAUUUCUAAAUAUGAUGACUAUUAUAUUUUAAUUAUUUAAGAGGAUUGUAAUUUAACAAUUGUA